UCCCGACCUCAUAAACAAACCAUGGCGGAGCUCAAGCUCCGUCGACUGACGGAACAUAAUCAGAGACUCCGUGAGGACUUGGCGAGACCGAGAGCGAGAGUCAGUGAGGCGAGUCUGAGUCUUAUUCAAUACGCUCGAAGCAAGAAAGAUCCAAUGUUGCCGUCCGUCUGGGGUGCACCUGGUAAAGGAGAAGACCCAUAUGCUCCACCUGAAGAGUCAGGCUGUUGC